AGAACACAGCCUACAUAGUACUUGUGACGAAAACUCUGCACCAACCAAACGUUCUAUUUGUAUAUUUGUACUUUGUACAUGCUAUACAUAUAAAUAUAUAAAUAAUGUAUGUAAAAAAGUAUAUAAACUGACGUGUCUCUCAAAGAAAAAUAAUUUUUAUUUUACUUAAUUACAUAUGGUGUUACACCGCAUACAUUUCGGUUGCUAUUACAUUUUGCAAAUCAUACGUUAAUCGUAUUGUAGCAUUGACUUGUAAUAUGGACAAUACAUCGACUGAAGAGAAACGAAAAGAUGAUAAUUCAGAAGAAGAAAGUACUUCUCCUGAGUCUUCAGAGGUAAAGGACGACAUGGAAAGACUACGCAAAUUUCUUGCACAAAAGUUAAGACUUGUUGAUUUCUCAGAAAAUGAUCAGAAUGACCAAUCGCAACAAAAAAUUCUUCACGAGCUUAAUUUGGAUGGAAUUGUGGAGUAUAUAAAAAAAAAAUCCAAUUGCAGAAUUAUUACUAUGGCAGGUGCUGGAAUUUCUACUUCUGCUGGAAUACCAGACUUUCGUUCCCCAUCUAGUGGAUUGUAUCACAAACUAGAUAAAUAUAAUUUACCUCAUCCUCAAGCUAUCUUUGAAUUAGAUUUUUUUAUGAAAAAUCCAGAACCAUUUUUUACACUUGCGAGAGAGUUAUUGCCAGAAGGUUUUAAACCAACAAUCAGCCAUUAUUUCAUUCGUAUGCUAUGGGAGAAAGGUCUACUGUUACGACAUUAUACGCAAAAUAUUGAUACGUUGGAACGUGUUGCUGGACUACCUUCGGAAAAACUAGUGGAAGCUCACGGAACAUUUCACACAGGUCGUUGUUUGACUUGUCGAGCUCCAUAUACACUUGAAUGGAUGAAAGAAAAAAUAAUAGAAGGUUUGAUACCGAAGUGUGAAGAAUGUAACAAAGGCGUUGUAAAACCUGACAUAAUUUUUUUUGGCGAAAUGUUACCUGACCGCUUCAGAGAUCUUGCUGAUCGGGAUUUCGUUAACGCCGAUCUUUUGAUUAUUAUGGGAUCAAGUUUGGUUGUACAGCCUUUUGCAUCGUUGGUAGAUAGAGUACGUGCUACCUGUCCACGUCUGCUUAUCAACAACGAGAAAGUAGGUAUGCAAGAUCGUUUGUCACGACUUCUAGGAUUGCGACAAGGUUUAGUAUUCGAUACAAAGAGCGCUCACGGAGGACGCGAUGUAGCUUGGUUGGGCGAUUGUGACACAGGUUGUCAACUGCUUGCAGAUAAACUCGGUUGGGGGGAUGAAUUGCGAACUCUUGUGCAGAAAGAACACGAAAAAUUAAAUAAAAAAGAAAAAACUACUAGUGAAAAGUAAAUUGAUUGAACUGUAAUAACAAAUGGAUUUCUCUGUUAAGAAAACACGAAAUCAUCGUUUUAUUGACAUUUGCAUUAUCUCAAGAAAAUGUCAAAAGAGGUAAAGAUUUAAGUUAAAAAAAGAUCUUAAAAAUAUUGUUCAACAACACUUUUCACAUUAGAAUCUAUAUAAUGUAAUUGACUAAAGAGUGUACAAUCGUUGAUCAAUUUAUUUACUUAUAAGUAACAAUAUAUAAACAUUUUAGGACAUUUUAGGGCAUUUGUUUGUUAACUUAGCUUUUCUCCUCAUUUAUAUUUGAACAGUACCUGUUUAAGAAAUCUCACAAGAGUGUUAUAUAUUUCAUGGUGAAAUAAAAAAAAACAUACGAAAUAA